GUUGUUCCUGAGAGUUCGAGGUUCAGCGAAGAUUGGAGUCACCGUCCAAGAAUUAUAUCAAGACAAGCAUGUGUAUAUUUUUUGCGGCAGUAAAAUCAAAAUGUGAAACAUGACGCUGAAGUUGUGUGUCCAUAAGAAAGUUCCAAGUAACAAGCAGCUGUGUGAGGAAAUACUGAUAAAUCCCAAAGACAUUCCCAACGCCAUUGUUGGAGAUGUGGUUGAAAUCUACCAUCCUGAGGAAGAAUUCAGUACCUGUACAUUUAUUGACAGUCGCCUUCUGCUGCAAAUCAGGAUCUUGCCUGAGGACUAUCAGCCUAAAGACACUGUUGUCAGCAUUGAACAAACCAUCGCCACAGCUUUUCAACUAAAGGCAUACAAGAAUGUUAUAGUCAGCAAAGUUGAUAAGGAUAACGUCUCAGUUGACCUGGCCGAGGUUUUGUUCAAGGACCAGUACUACAGUCGCAGUGACAUGAACCGCCUCAGAGAAAGCAUGGUGAACACGUGUGUGUAUCUCAACAAGAAGAUGGAGUUCUGUGAAAUGAGAGCUCAAGUGAAUGAACUCUGGAGUCGAGGUGAAAAGGUCACAUGUGGGUUUAUCUCCAAGGAUACUAGGGUUGUGUUCCGGUCAUCGACAUCUGUCGUGCAUAUAUUCAUUCAGAUGAGUUCAGAAAUGUGGGAGUUCGACAUUAAUGGGGACCUGUACUUUGAAAAGGCAGUCAAUGGGUUCCUGACUGACCUCUACGCCAAGUGGAAGGAACAAAACUGCCUGCAUGAUGUGACCAUCGUGAUGUUUUCCAGAACAUUUUAUGAUGCUCAAACAAGAGACGAGUUUCCACAGUACAUGCAGGAGUGUGUCCAGCAGGAUUAUGCAGGAAGAUUCUACGAGGAUUUCUACAGAAUCGUGGUACAGAAUGAGCGCUACGAGGAAUGGACAGGGACGAUAAAGCAGCUACGGAAGAUCUUCUUUGAGUAUCGUACACGGGUCCUCAACUACCACAGGAGGCCGGGACACAGGGUGCCAGACGCGCGCAACUCUACUGCUACAGAGGGAAACUUCCUUGAGACGCUGAAUAUGACACUGAAUUUGUUUGAGAAGUACUACUAUGACCGUAACUUUGACCGCACGGGCAAGGUUGCCGUAGUGAUCACCCCUGGGGCAGGGGUUUUUGAGGUGGACAGAGAGCUCACGAACAUCACCAAACAGCGCACCAUUGAUUGUGGUGUUGGCAGUGACCUGGUGUGUAUGGGAGAACAGCCCCUACAUGCUGCUCCCUUGUUUAAGUUUCACAGUCGCACACAAGGCAUGAUGCUGGAGGUCGGGGAUGACUACAAUGUACCACACUGGAUGAACCACAGUUUUUACUCGUCAAAGAAUCAAAUACAGUUUUACUCCAACAAGACUUUUGUUCCAAGAAUAAAAAUUCCUCCAGAAAUCUUUGAAAAGCAGGAAAAGAAGGAAGCACCACCAGAACAAGAGAUACCAUAUAACACGGAAGAAGACAACUUCCCUAUUGUGGACUAUGAUGAAUAUGAUGCCCAGGUGUGGAAACUCCCCAAGACUGUCAAUUCAAUUAGCUAUGGGAAAAAGAAUCGCUCGUACCACCAAUCUCGUGCAGAGCGGUUCUCCAGCCAGAGUCGUCCUCCUCAGACAUUCGUUGAAGCGCGCCUGAUGCAUUCAGCUCGCACCCGCACAAUAUCGGACAAUAUCUCAUGUUUGCCAGUUGAGAAAAAGCCAGAAGUGGACGUCAUGCAGGCGAUAUCGUUUCCAUCUAGCUCGAGUACAGGGGAUGACUUGUCUACCUCAGUUGGAUGUUACCCUGUCCAUGGUCGAGGCCACCUAGAUAGCAGCGACGAGCACGUCCUGGGUGCCCGACAGGUGGCAGGUAGCGCGGAGUCUUCAGUCAGCCACAUGAAGUACCUGCACAAUACUCGACGCCACCGCGCUCUGAUCAACCCUUUCCAGCCCUCCAAGAUGCAGUUCAAAAUGACGUCGAACCGACGCAGAUGGAUUCACGCUUUUCCAACUGAUCCCCAUGGUGUUGCCGUGCAGACGCACCAUGUUCAGACGUACAGUUACCAUGACAAUACGGAAGAGGAAUUUGAACUGUGUGAUCUCACCGAGGAAACCAUCCAGGCGGCCCAUCAAGCUGUGAAAGCCAGGAACAAGAAGCGUGCUUGUCGUGGAUUGGGGGAUAACAGUGACUUGAGCAAUGUGGAGGAAGGUGCAGUUAGCAGAGUGAGCCAGUCACAUGACCUUGGUCGUAGUUUAUACGGGGGUUCAUUCAAGGACCCUAAACACCAGAGGUCGUUCAUGUGGGGGCCCACAGGGGAGCAGGAAUGGACUGCAGAACUCUCAACUGGCACAGAUUGGAGACCAUUAGACAACACAGAUAUGAGCCCGACCGAGUCUCGACUCAUAAAACCUAUACUUAAAGCCGAUUUAGAAAACUCCCAAAACUUUUGUGCUGGAAUAAGUGUCGAUUGGAAGUCGCUCAUCAUGCCAGCAUCGUUGCCAAUAACGACAGACUAUUUCCCCGACCCCGUGAGUCUGAACAACGAGUACGUGGAGUCCAUGUACCAGCUCCUUCCAGACUCUAACAGCCUGUACUACUCAAACCCUCCAGAAUCGGAUGAUGAGAAGUAUUACCGCAAGAAGCCACUAUCUGCCAAGCAGGUGUUCUGUGAAAUGAUUUCACAGAGGCUGUCCCAGGGCUUUCAGCUGAUAAAGAUGAUGAGGAACACGGGCAGCUCCCUCACGCUGGUGGCCAAUACUUCCCAGAGGGUGGUUCCUGGCUCCAGUCCACAGGUGUCACACAUGUCCGGGCUCAAACGGUGCCGUCCACGCGAGGAGACUGCUGAGGAGGUGUACUUGAGUAUCGGGCGCAUUUUUCACAAGCUGUCCCGUACUGGCUCGGAGAUUACGGUUACACGCUACAGACCCAGACAUCAGAACGCACAGCUGAGCUACAACUACCGCUACCGGUUCCAGGCACCAGACUCCUUCAACUACGAUGUCUCAUGGAGCGAGUUCCACAACGAGAAGCUCGAGAAUUACAACUGGAAUUACCUCGACCAGUACAUUUGUACCCAGGGCGAGGGGGACUUUGGACUCAUGGACUCCUUGAAGUUUUGGAGGAGUAGGUUCUUCAUUUUACCCUGCAACAAUCCGGCCACAAAGAAAAUAAGUGAAGGACACCAAAGGUGUGAUAUUUACGAAGAGAAAACAUCCUCAGAACUAAAGCAGCUCAUCAUUGGUUUUACCCGCUACCUCGAAAUUCUCAACAAGAUGAAGCGAACUGCCGUCACUCGACAGACAAAUUGUAUACACAAAGAAUUUUUGGACAAGAAUCCCGGUGGAAUACCUAUGCCUGAUACCAGGCCGGAUGAAGAAGUGCUGUGUAUGACAUCCCCCUCGGAUAAAGUAGUGAGAUGGAUGCUGGAUGAUGUAUGCGGUAUUCCAAUGUUGCCCAAGCAGCUCGGACUGCCCCACAAGUGUUUCAUCUCGGCGGAGAUCGUAGACUGGUUUUACUACCAUGUGAAGGGCGUCAAGUCUGUGAAACACGUCAUGAACCUUCUCCAGCGCCUGCUGGAUGAUGGUUACAUCGUCCACUCCUCUGGAAACCCUGAUCACAAGGUCCUGUAUGGCUUCUACCUGUACACCUUCAAGGACCCCAAGUCAAAAAAUGACCCAGCCUCCUCGUUCAACACCCUGUUCCAGAAUGACUGGUGCGAGGUUGUGUUUGUGGACACAAUCAAAGAGGUUGGUCCCUCCUACGUGUCAUUUAGCCUCGACACCAUGGAAGGGGAUGUCCCCGGCCCUUCUGGCCCCACUGAUGACUGGCGACUGCAGACGGGACUGAACAUCUGGGGCCAGACCUGGGCCCAGCAGUCAGAGGCUAUUUAUUUGGAGUCAGCCACGCUGCUUCACAAGUAUGUGAACGUGGAUGUAGACCCUCAGUGCAAGAGUGACCGGCCAGAGUGGGCAACUGCGCGCUACCACGCCUACUACAGCCCGCUGUGUGCGUUUGAGCUCCAGGUCCAGUGGAUGGUAGCCACAGGACAGAUACUGGGUGACCUGAUCUAUAACUGGGCCCGUAAGGCGGCCAGCUGUGGGUUCCAUCUACUUCCUGUACCAUGUGACCCCUUUGCCCUGCCCUCUGCCAUCGACAGUGACCCCCUUCGUGGACCGAUAUUCAUCCCUCUGAAAGUGGCAGCCAUUGACCAGCAUGACUCAAUCUUUGUGGAGUAUGACAAAAGCACUCGAGAACAAAAGCUGUUACAGUUCCAGGAGGCCAUAAUAAAAAGGUUUGGGUUCAUAGAGAGCAGUGUGCGAGUCUUGGCCAACCGUAAUACCAAGUCCUCACAGGGGGCGGAGGAUUAUCACCAAUAUGUUCACUGUACAGGCGGAAUGUUUAUAAUUAUUGAGGAUACAAACCUGGCAAAGGCCAAUCAUCAACCAAUCAUAGAGACGCGACCAAUCGGUGUGAAGCCAGUCAUAGAGUCCCAACCAAUCAAUGCAAAGAAACGCGAGAACAACAGCAGCCUGGGCAAUCUUCCACCAUCGCGUAACAUGAAAAGCAGUGUCAGCUACGGAACCCUGGGCAAAAAGUCAUUUUCUGAGUUAAGGAAAGAUUACAUCGCGAGGCAGACCAGUCAGCUGGACUGCCAGAACGUGGAGUGGGAGAUCGAGAUUGGGUUUCUGUGGUCGUGGAAUUUUAUGUUGUCCCGGCGCUGGAGAUCUGGAAACACGGGGGACGAGACUUUUCAGGAUAAUGUGCUGCGGGAUUUCCGCGCUUUCUGCUCCAAUGAAGAUGACCGUCUUUAUGAGUUCUGGAUGGAGUAUAAGGCACAAAAUAUCAUUUGAGCAUGGUAGUAUAGUGCAAUUAAGUAAUUUAACUCGGUGUUUUGAGUGUUUGCGUGAGAGCUGCAAAUUUUUGUUGAGUUGUCAUGGAUGGAGUAUAAAACACAAAAUAUUGUUUGAAUGUGGCUGUCCAGUGCACUUUGAUUAACUCUUGAUUCAUCAAUUUUGUGUUAUAAAAAUCUUCAAAUUCAGUGUUUGAAAUAUAUUCAUGGGAGCAGAACUAGCAGCCACUUUGCGUUGAGUAGCAAACAACUUUUUUUGUUUUGUUGUUUUAAAUUGAUGGUUAAGUUUUGUGUCUUCUGUGUGUAAUUUAAUUAUAAAAAAUGUGUAGUCAAUGUACAUCAAUGUUUACAGAGGCAUAUUAAAAGCAGCUCUCCCUUAA